AUGUCCGGUCGUCUAGCUGGUAAAAACGCCAUUGUCACCGGCGCCGCCGGUGGCAUCGGCCUCGAAACAACCAUCCUCUUCGCCCGCGAAGGCGCCAACGUCCUCAUGGCCGACAUAUCCGAAGAAGUCCUCUCCCGCGCCCAAGCAAAAGUCAAACAGCUCGUCCCCGCCGCCGGCAAGAUCGAAACCACCAUCUGCGACGUCUCCAAGGAGUCUGCCGUCCAAGCCGCCGUCGAGUCCCUCGACGCCUGGGGCGGCGUCGACGUCAUGUUCAACAAUGCUGGCAUCAUGCACGCCCGCGACGACGACGCGGUCAACACCCCCGAGGACAUCUGGGAUCUGACGCAAAACAUCAACGUCAAGGGCGUCUGGUUUGGUUGCAAGCACGCCGUCCUUUCGUUGCGGAGACACAACAAGACCAAGGGGUCGAUCAUCAACACUGCGUCUGUUGUUGCGCUUGUCGGGUCGGCUACACCGCAGUUGGCUUACACCGCUAGCAAGGGUGCUGUGUUGGCCAUGACGAGGGAGCUGGCGAUUGUGCAUGCCAGGGAGGGGUAUCGAUUCAACAGCUUGUGCCCUGCGCCGUUGAACACCCCUUUGCUGCAGGAUUGGUUGGGCGAUGACAAGGCCAAAAGACACAGGAGAGAGGUGCACUUCCCUACUGGCAGAUUCGGGGAGGCCAUUGAGCAGGCGCAGGCGGUUCUGUUCUUGGCCAGCGAUGACAGCAGCUUUGUCAACGGCCAUGACUUUGUGGUGGAUGGUGGUAUGACCAAGGCGUAUGUCACCCCCGAGGGCCCGGCUGCCCCGGCGCCCGUGAACAACGCCUCCAAGGACAGCUUGUAA